UUUAUGAACAAAAUUUUACUUUGAAAUUAACACACGCUCUGCACUGUAGUACAAUGGCUCUCAAGAAGAAUGUAAAGACCAGGGUGAUGCCCAAAAAGAAAGCAAAGACAGCCCCAGUGUCCAAGAAGAAGUCCCAAAAGGUUUCAAAGUCAAGCUCCAAGCAGCAGAGCCAGCUUAAGACUCUGUUCAGAGCUUCAAAUUUUAAGACCACGCCCCAAAGCAAUCCUGUCAAGCGUCGGGCGCCGGUGCCGCCCAACCAGCGCGUGUGGCGCAAGACGAUCGUCCGCACCAAGCCGAAGAAGGAGGCCAAGCUGCCAAGACUCUUUCGAGCGGACCGUCGCACCGGCCUGCCCCUCGACUACGAGCGCACAGUGGAGCACGUGAUGAACUAUGUGAAUCCCUAUAUCGGCAGCAGGCGGCGACGCACUCCUGAGGAGGAGCUGGAGGAAGUUAUGGCCAAUAUGUUCGUGCAGUUGGUUCAGCACGGACCUGAUCAUCAGGAUCCCUGCGAAAUAACCCAAAAACUGUGCUCGAUGCUGCAGAAUGCCAGAAAAGACAAAGGCCACUGCAAUGGCAAGUGCGACUGCCAGAUGUGGAAGUGCACCAAUAAUGGUCGUAAUGAAGGGCUCAAGCAGAACGCAGCUCUAAGCGAUUUCUACAGCGCCUGCAAACGAGGACCCGCGCGGACCGGCAGCCCCUUGGGUCCCACCCGGAAGAGCAGAUUCAACUACAACCAACUGAAAAUUAAGAGCACCUAGAGCACCUUUUUCCUGUCCUUUGGCCAUGUCAUAAAUUGCAAUUAGAGAUGUUUUUAUUAAGUCAAA